AUGGAUCCUAUCUUGACAGAGAGUCAUAAACUCAUUCAAUAAUAAAAAUUCCAAUAGGCAUUUGCUUUGCUCCAAUAAAACGAAUCCAAAAUACUUUCACAACCACAACAUCAAAAUCAAUUUCAUUUAAAUACUGGGAUAUGUAGCUUUCGACUUGGAAAUUACAAGUAGGCCAUCUCUCAUCUUGAUUUAUGCGACAAGAAUGAUUCUGAGCAAAAUGUAACUGCCAUUAAAUAUCUCUUGAUGGCCCUUAUUUAUGAUCAAUAGUACGAGAGAUGCAUGAAGGAAUCAACAAUAUUUCUAGAAUACUAGAAUGUCUAAAUACUACUAAAUGUAUAUCAGAGUAGAGGUCAAUGUCUCUAAGAUUAGGGUUUAUAUCUGGCAGCCAUCCAGGAAUUCAAGAAAUCAAUCGCAAAAGGAAACAAAAACAAUAUCGACAUUGCCUAUUGUUAUCUGCAAUUGGAUGAAUUGCAAGAUGUAGAGAUAUUCGUAAAUGCAUAUUCAGACAAAGAAUAAAGUGAUAUCCAAGCCCAAUUGAUUAAAGCUGAACUUCUCUUAAGAACUGCCAGAGAGAAAGAAGGUGCUUAAGUUCUGUACACUGCGUAUUAGUAUUACAAAUCGAAAUAAUUUGGAAAUACUGAUUACACUCCUAAGGAACUAGAAUACUUGGAGUCCAAAUUGAAUGAUAGAAAUGGAAAAUACAUAGAGUCCUUUUAUAAAAAGACCAGAACACAUAAUUUAGAUGAUGAUUCUAAGAAUACAUUUGUAUUAUUUGUUAAGGAAUUGAACAAUAAAUAAUCAUAGGAAUUAUCAAAACAAAUUGAAGAACAAAUUAAAAAAGUGCUCUCCAAAACAUAAUUAUUGAAGAUGCAUGCUGAAAAAGCAGUAGAAUCACUUUUAGAAGAUUAACAAUUUAAAGAUUAUUACGAAACCUUCAUUCAAUGUGUUGAGUCUACUUUCGAUCGAGCAAGUGGAUUUGUAAACAGAUUCUAAAUCAAGACUGACGACAUUCUCAUCACUUUUGGAAUAGAAUUAUUAGCCAUGGUUCCCUUAGUUGGUUAAACAGUGUCAUCAGUUGUCAACUCGUUACAAGCUGAGAUCAGGACAUUGCAAAUAGUUCAGAGAUCAACUGCCUUAAUCUAAAUUGGCAACACCCAAGAUGAAUUGACAUUUUUGAUGAAACAAGUUCUCGUCAUUGUCCUGUAAGAUUAGGAGAAACAAAAGGAAAUCAAGAACCCUGAAAUCUCAAAGAGUUAUUAAAGUUACUUGAGAGAUUUCUUGAAUUUGAAAUUGCAAAUCAAAAAGUCACUAAUUAAUCAAUUAGACGAUAUCUACAUUAGGGAGAAAAAUCAAUAAGAAUUAUUGGCAAUUAAAGAUGCUAGUGAAUUACUAGGAACCUACUUUAGUUCUGGGUAUUUGUCUUUGUUUGAAGAUAAGGAUGAAGAGAAACUUCCAUAGAUUUGUGCAGAAUUUGUUUUGGCAGAAGGUGAGUAAAAGGCUUAAUUAAGAAAGAAUGCGUCGAGAAAAAUAGAAGGCUAAAAUGAUAAAUAAAUAAUUGAGAGUAAAUGUUGUGUUAUUUAUUGA